AUGCAUCGCUUUGCUCUCGUGAUUUCCACUGUUGCCGCCUUCGCGCCGGCGCCGCGCAUUUCGCGGCCGUUGUCGCGUGUCGGCGCGCCGGUCCCCGUCGCGACCGCGCGCGUCCAGCCGACCCUGGCGGCGAAACUGCCCGGCGCGGAAUUUGACGGAUGCGUCGCCGUGCAAGGUUCGUGGCUCGCCGUCUGUCGAGCGCUGCGUAGAAAUCAAUUGCAACGCGCUACACGUCAUCGACGCGAUGUUGGCCCCGUGGAACUCACUGGUUUGUUGCGCACAGAUUAUGGCUACAUGUGGCUCUCCGCGAGCCUGCCCUCGGACGCCUCAGAAAACCAGAAGACCUGGGCGACACGGUGUUUUCUCAACAUGCACGAGCAGGCGCCCGCGUUCCUCGCCGCGUUCUGGACGCACGCGAUCUUCGCGUCGCCCGCGCGAGCGGCCCAAUGCGGCGCGGUCUACGUCGCGACGCGCGUACGGUCACGACGUGCGAAUCAAAAGCUUCGCCAGGGGUAGCCCGCGCGCCACCGGUCGCUCUCCGCGCAGGUCCUCUACGGCAUCCAACGCUUCCACCUGAAGGGCGGCAUGAGCGUCAACGCCGGCCUCGUAUCGACGGUUCCGGGCUACGUGAUCAACCUGUACCUCAUGACGACCGCCGUGGCCCGGCGCUGCUUCGGAAAAGUUGGCUUCGGCGCCUCGAAGUGGGCCCCGCUCGCGUUCUUCCCCGUCUGCGUCUCGUUGUUCCUUUUGUCUGGCGUCGUGAAUGAGAAGAUCAAGGGCCAGUUCGAAGACGCCAACGCCAAGUUCCGGCCGGUGCCGCCGGUCCCGGACACGGGGUGCUGA